AUGCAUUGUAGGCAAUUGCUGCAGCGAAGAUAUUUUGGAUCCAAGCGACUUAAGGAGACUGAAUAUGCAAAGGCACAUACAUCAAAACCAAAAACCAAUGCUAAUCAGAUGAGUACAAAGGAAAUACCGUUAGGCACAGAUAGUUUGUUCCAGGAGUGCCUUGAUCGUAUAUAUCGGAAACGGUUUGAGUUAGACGAGCGCAAAUUUGGUCAAUCUGCAGUGAUUGACGAUUUGGAUCAAAAGGAAGCGAGGAUUGUGGCCACAAUUUUUAGGCGUGUGAAUCCUAUGCAAGAAUUCCCGCCCAAAAAAAUGGACUCGUCAGGCCGGCCUUUGCCAUUUGUUAAUGAUUCCAGACAUUUGUACUGGGACCCUUUUCAGAAGGUGGACGAGUUGAAACGCCAGAUAGCUCUGGAUUUCCACGAGUACACCAAAAUCGCAUCUUACGCUGAAAUAAUGAAGGAAAGGAAUCGCAUCAAAAAACUACUACAGGAAGACCAAACAGAAUAUUCGCACGUUGAAGCGCCAGAACCUGAUCAGAUUAAACACGAAAAAUUUUGGGAUCCAAAUCCAAAUAUCCGCCGUGUACUAGCUAAUAACAGACGCCCAUUUGACUGGAAGGAUUUGCAUGCCCUGUUCCACUUUGUUGCAGAUAAUGGGCAAAUUUUACCGCGAAGGCUCACUUUGGCAACCAGGUGUCAACAGAGACAGAUCUUUAGGGCUAUAAGGAUAGCCCGUGACAUGGCCGUGUUCCCCUUUGACUGGAAGCCAAGGAUUAGGGACAGGAUUCCAAUAAUGGAUCCCCUCCAGUACUUGGCCGAUGAACUAACACAUCUAUACAUCAACCAAGGCGAUCUAAGGGCCAGGGCCAUGCUAACUGUUCUGGCCAAGAGGGAUGCCAAGAUCAAUCUCCAUAGGUUACUGAAAUAUGAGGCGCAUAAGUCGAGUGGCAGUGAUGCCAGUAGUACGGAUAACAAUGUAACAUAUAUGUGA